CACAUGCCGAAUCUGACUGGUUGCCUCGGGUUUCCAUGCGGUGGCGCGGUGCAGACCCGCGCGCAUCGGCACGAGUCCACAGCUUCUGCCUGGCUCCAGGACGGCGGGGAAUUCGGCAGUCAGCAGCGCCGCCCUCCCCGCGCCAUUCGAGCCGCUCUGCAGGCACGGCGGGGCGAUGGAGCCAGGUGACGGCGGCCACGCCACCCUCGCCGCCAUAGGCGCCAUCGCGGCCGUGCCCGCGCUGGCGAUGGUUGGCGGCUCGUGCGCGAUGUCGGCUGCCGAGCCGUCGGAGGCGGUACAGGCGCGGAUGCAGCACUUGUCCGCGGGUCUGCUCAUCGGGGCCGUGGUCGCAGAGAUCUUCCCAAUCCUGAGGCGGCACCUCUACACGCAGGCGGGGGACGGGGCCAAGGACGUCCACUUCGCGAGCCUUGCCGCCGCGCUGGUGGGCGUCGUCGCGGCCCUGGGGCUGAUGUACGGCCUGAAGGCCCUCGAGCUCGAGGGCGAGGCGGCCGACGAGGGCCAAGGCGAGUGCGACGGCACCGCGUGCGGGGCUGCCGCCGGGAGCGCCGCCGCCAGCGAGCGGCAGGAGUCCGGCGCCUCGGAGGGCCCCCUGCGGCGCCCGCUGCUGGACCGGGGCCAGGGCGCAGGCGCGGAGCGCGGCCCCGACCGCGGGCUCCAGAGGGCCAUCGAGACGCUGGCCGCGCGCACAGCGAACCUGGAGCAGCUCGCCAACCUGGACCACGUGGACCGGGAGGCCAUCGACGAGGAGGUGCACCACGCGGACUUCCUUGUAGACUGCGUGCGCCGCCGCUGCCGCGGGGAGGGCAGCAUCGACGUCGGCGACGUCCCGCGGCUCCUCGCCCGCGCGGCGGCUCUGGCCGACGACAUCGCCAGGAUACGGCAGCUGGACCCUGGAGACCUGCCCGCCAUCGACUCGCAGCUCGGGGUGAUCGCGGCACGGCUGCGCCAGAUCCACAUCCACGCGAACCACCCGAAGUGCGCCUUCCGCCGCUGGGGCUCGACGACGUUGCAGGGCCAGAGCUCGCUCGCGGGCAGCCCAGGGACCGCCAGCGUGCUCCCUGCGCCUGUGCCCUGGGGCCUGGUCUUCGCCGUGGUCGUCGACAGCAUGGUCGACGGCAUGCUGAUAGGCCUCGCGGGCUCCGUGGCGCUGAACAGCGGCUGGAUGAUGUCGCUGGCCACCGCGAUCGAGAUGGGCUUCCUGGGCUACUCCUUCGCGUGCGCCAUCGCCAAGACCGGCCCGCGGAGGCCGCUCACCGUCGCGCUGCUCGGGCUGCCCCCCGCGGCCAUGACAGCUUCGGCGGUGGUCGCCGCCGCCGGGUCCGCGCCCCUGCAGAGCGGGCCAGCGUUCGCGGGCCUGAUCGCCUUCGCGCUGGUGGCGCUACUCUUCCUGGUGGUGGAGGAGCUGCUGCUCGAGGCGCACGAGAAGGCGACCGACGCCUGGCACGUCAGCAUCUGGCUGUACGUCGGUCUGCUGCUCACGUUCUCGCUGGACGUCGUGACUCACUCGUGACCUGGGGAGCGGGCUGCUUUCGCUCCUGCCAGGGCUCAUGCCUCUUGCCCAUGGCCUCGCCGCCCCCUCCCCUCUCGUUCGUUCAUCACGCGCUUCUCCUUGCCCCUUCUCCUCCCUCUCCCUCAUCGCUCCUCUGCGUCCUCCCCCCCCUCC